AUGGUGCGUUGCAUGGUGUUUGCUUUGCUAGUCGCAGUGACCUUACCGGUCGUGCCGACGGUACGCGCCAUCUGUACGGCUUCGAUAUCUGCCGACAGCGUUGGUUCCUGUGCGUUCAACCCGCUGCUGCUGCUUGUCGAACGCUCCGGUUGGGUUCUGUCGGGACAGAACUGUGGUGAAACAGUUGGCUCGGAAGCAUUCGAGGUGCCACCGCUUAUAUACUUUGACUACACUGAACCAGAUCAUCUAUAUACCGUGGUGUUUGUGGAAGAAACUGUACAUCGCCAUCCUACCAAUAAUGAUUCCACGGAAAGAUCGUUCUAUUUGCAGUGGCUCGUCGUAAAUAUUCCCGAAUCUUCCCUUGCAAAUGGCAUGAAGUACAUGGAUGGCGACACAAUUGUGGAUUAUCUAUCGCCUAUGCCACGAUCUGCCGAUGAUGAUGGCGAUGUUGAUGGGCAACCGACACGCUACGGAUUCUAUCUGUACGAACAGGUUUACGGUACGAUUUAUCCACCGACACCGAGCACCAGGGAGUACUUCAAUUUGGAUGGCUGGAUCAGCACAAUCUUUCCGGAGGCAGCCCUCUGCGGUCCGGUUGCAUCGAUUGGAUUCGGAGUUUAG